AUGCCUUCCUCGAGACAUCGAUCUCCGAGGCAAAAGGAAUAUUUUGUCCACCACCAUCUGGCAGAUGGAGUUUUCAAUGCCAGGGAGUCCAUGGGCACUAUGACUAACCUUGCUGAACAGACAUGCGUGGACCCGGAGACAGAUAUGUGCGAUGCUCUUUUCCUUCGAGAAUUUGUCGAAAAUCGGCAUCUAUUAAAGCUAUAUUUGCAAGGCCAGCUCGACCUCCCUGAGAGUGUCGAAGAAGCGGAGAGGGUGAUGAUCGAUAUUGAGUACCCCAGCAAGCACAUCAAGCGGGUAUAUGAAUUAUUAUGCCACUACCGUCCAGCCAGCGUUCUUGGCUUAACAUUUGGGAGCCUAAACGGAUUGUUAAAAGGACUUUUCAAGGAGCAUCUCGACUCGAUCAGCAGCAUAAUAGUGGAAGAGGCAUCAGAUGUGUCAGAGGCAGGGCUUGUAGCCCUGCAUUGUCUUUUCCCUAAUGCUAAUAUCUAUUUGGUUGGAGAUAUCCGUCAGAGCCAACCUUACACAAUGAUAAGGUCAGAAGAUCCCAUCCAUCCCUGGGCCAUGCGACCAGCGUUGACCGUCGCUUUGAACUCGGAUCUGGUGCCAAACGUUGUGCUCACGACCACUUAUAGAUCACAUCCGGCAAUUACGGACGUUGUCAGAACGAUGUUCUAUCGCAACUCCUUCACGACACCGAUUCGUGAGGCGGAUCGCAUCCUUUCACCCGAAGGACGGGAUUACCAAUCGUAUUUGUGCUCUAUCCCGGCACUGAUCACCGGACGCAUAGUGGAAGCAGAAGAAGCC